CAAGUUUCCACCAUGAUAAAAAAAUGCACAGCAAUAAAUGAUGUAGAUGGCACAAAUUAUGACAUAAGGACUGUAGCAGGGCCAUUUGAAAGAGAAAGUCAAGCAAAAAAAGUGGCAAAAGCUUGGUCAGAACCGGACUCUUCUGAUAGUAGUUUUGAAGAUGAAUCGCCAGUACAGCCUGUAACUAAAAAACGAAAAGAAACUGCAAAAUGUUCACGCGAACUUGAAAAAGAUUUUUUGAAGUUGCCUGUACCACCAGUAUUGCCAUUAUCUGCAAUAGGAACUACUGCAGGUGGGAGUCCUCUAAUGUCAUCUGAUUUAAGUACUGAAUUGGGACCUCUUCUAUCUGAUUCAAUCACUGAAUCAUAUUCAAAAUCUGAAAGUACUUCUACAAUAAAGAUUAAAAAGAAUCAAGAAAGUGCUGUAUCACAUAGUAGUUUGAAUUCAAGUAGCACACCUAUCAACAAUUUAAAAAAAACAACAACAUUAAGUACUGAGUACCAAUUGGAACCUCCUCUGUCUGAUACAAUUAUUGAAUCAAAUCCGAACUCUGAAAGUACCUCUAACGUAAUGGUUCAUAAUAAUGGUCCUAGUGGUCCUAAUACAGAUAUUAUGAGUCCAUUUUUUGCAAAAAAUUCAAAUAUGAUGUAUGACGACAUAAUAAACAUCUCUGGUGAUUGUUUGAAGAAAAGUACUACAGAAGAUGAUGUUGGUACUCUUUUGACUGGUUCAUUGAUGUUGCUAGAUGGUACACCCAGCUUUCAAGAAAUUAGUUAUAGGGACAGUAACGAGUAUGAUAAUUUUGAUUCUACCCUUAUUAAUAAUGAACGAACAAACAAUACAAAUACUACUGAUGCUGGUUUGAUGGAUUUGUCAAAUUUCAUUAGCAAAAAUGAAAACUGCUGUUGCCAAAAACUUUUAGAAAUCAAAUCAACAUUAGCUAUUAAUGAAAAAGCAUCAAAGGCAGUUCAUAAACAAAUGAUGAUUCAGUUGCACAUGUUAAGCAACUCUAACGUGAAGAUUGUUAAUGCAAUGAAAAACAUGGACCAAAAGCUACAAUUGAUACUGAAAGCUGAUUCUAGGAUGAGGUCAUUAGCUCUGCCUAUACCUGUAUUACCAACAGCCUUAAUAACUCUAUUACCUGUAAAAUGUAUUGAAGAGGUAGAUGUAGUUGAAUCCAUUCUAUCAGAUGAUAUUGAUGGCCUUAAUAACCAAGAAGAAUUGAAAUCAUACCUCUACAUGAAGAUUGGGAGUAUGGAUUCCAUAAGCGCAGCUGCACGAGCAGCAAUAAAUGUAUGUUUUAAUUAUAAUGUAUUGGCUUUCUUCAGCUUCAGAGGAAAAACUAAGCGAAGUUUUACCAACUUAAAGUUGUGUACUGUUAUUUAUGAAUCAUUGUCUAGUUUCCGUACUGAUCCAAAAGAUGAAGCCAAAUUCAAUCGAACUGUGGACAAUUAUAUAAAACAUUCAAAACAAAAUAAUCAUGAAGAUCAAAUAGAAUAAAUAAUACAUUUUU